AUUUCUACGAAUGGCGCCAGGAAAUCGUAAAAAUACAGUUAUUUCAAAAGCUUCUCUACAAAGUCUCCUUAACCAAGCUGCCAAGGAUAGCUCAACUGCUGCGUCAGCUCGUAUUGGAGUCAGAAAAAUUUUUAACCAAUCAAAUAUGUCAUCUGAUGGAGUGGCCAGAGCAAGUCGAACCACUGAAGUUCAUAAUGGUUCUUCUGGUGAUAAUACUACUGGAAAUCACACUAAUGAGAGUGGCAUUCCACAAACCCUUGAAGCUCCCAACCAAAAUCUGAAUUUGGAUGCAGCUGAAGGUUCAACUGGUAACCUUCAGGAGACAUCAGUCAAAGUUCAUAAUGGUUCUUCUGGUGAUAAUACUACAGCAAAUCACACUAAUGAGAGUGGCAUUCCACAAACCCUUGAAGCUCCCAACCAAAAUCUGAAUUUGGAUGCAGCUGAAGGUUCAACUGGUAACCUUGAGAAAUCAGUCAAAGGCUCAGAAGGAUGU